AUGGAGAGCGGCCUCGAGAGCCUGCAGCAACCGCUAGAGCACAGGGUGGCCGCCGGGCCAGCAGCGCCGGGGACAGCGUCUGCGCAGGAAGGGCGGCCGGAGCCCGGGCUCGCGGCUGGGGAUGGUCCCGAAGUAUGGGCGGCGGAGAGCGGCGGCGGCGGGAAUGGGCAGGGGGCGGCGGCCGCCGCCGGGAGGAGCCUCCCGGACACGGUGGCUUCCGCCAGCUCUUCUCAGCUCCCCGGACCCUGCAGCGCUUCCCGAGGCUCGGACUUGCCGGAGAGCGAUUUGGAGAGUCCUGCUGCCCAGAAGGUGCCUCUGAGAGGGCAGCGCAAGGUGACCGCCUCCCCGGAGCCAGCCGAGGCCGCCGGAGCGGGCCAGGGGCUGGGUGCCGCCGGACGCGCGGGCACCGGGCCUGACCCCGCAGGCACCUGCCCGCCGGAGGCAGCGGCCCCGGGCUGCGAAGAGCCCAGCGGCGCCGGCGGCCUCAGCAGCAGUUGCAGCGACCCGAGCCCCGCCGGGGAAUCGCCCAGCCUGGACUCCUUGGAGUCGUUCUCUAACCUCCAUUCUUUCCCCAGUAGCUCCGAGUUCAACAGCGAGGAGGGCGCUGAGAGCAGGGUCCCGGAGGAGGAGGAGGAGAGGGAAGCGGGCGCCGCGGCGGCGGUGCCCGGGGCUGUGCCCCUGUGCAGAGGGGAGGAAGAAGAGGGGGAGGCGGCUCAGGUGCUCGCGGCCUCCAAGGAACGCUUCCCGGGACAAUCUGUCUAUCACAUCAAGUGGAUCCAGUGGAAGGAAGAGCACACACCCAUCAUCACCCAGAAUGAGAACGGACCCUGCCCUUUGCUGGCCAUCCUCAAUGUUUUGCUUCUGGCCUGGAAGGUUAAACUGCCACCGAUGAUGGAAAUCAUAACUGCUGAACAGCUGAUGGAAUAUUUAGGAGAUUACAUGCUUGAUGCAAAGCCAAAAGAAAUUUCAGAAAUUCAACGUUUAAAUUAUGAACAGAAUAUGAGUGAUGCUAUGGCAGUCUUGCACAAAUUACAGACAGGCUUGGAUGUAAAUGUGAAAUUCACUGGUGUUCGAGUGUUUGAAUAUACACCAGAAUGCAUAGUAUUUGAUCUUCUUGAUAUUCCUUUAUACCAUGGGUGGUUAGUGGACCCUCAGAUUGAUGACAUUGUAAAAGCUGUUGGUAACUGCAGCUACAACCAACUAGUGGAGAAGAUCAUCUCUUGUAAGCAGUCAGACAAUAAUGAGCUGGUUAGUGAAGGCUUUGUAGCUGAGCAGUUUCUAAAUAACACAGCCACUCAACUGACAUACCAUGGAUUAUGUGAACUAACUUCAACGGUCCAGGAAGGAGAACUUUGUGUGUUUUUUCGGAAUAAUCAUUUUAGCACCAUGACCAAAUACAAGGGUCUACUGUAUUUGCUGGUAACAGACCAGGGGUUUCUUACUGAAGAAAAAAUUGUUUGGGAAAGCCUUCACAAUGUUGAUGGUGACGGAAAUUUCUGUGACUCAGAUUUUCAUCUGCGGCCUCCUUCAGAUCCUGAAACUGUGUACAAAGGACAACAAGAUCAAAUAGAUCAGGACUAUCUUAUGGCGUUAUCUCUACAACAAGAACAGCAGAGUCAAGAGAUCAAUUGGGAACAAGCGCCUGAAGGAAUCAGUGAUUUGGAACUUGCGAAGAAACUCCAAGAAGAGGAGGAUCGACGGGCUUCUCAGUAUUACCAGGAACAGGAACAAGCAGCAGCCGCUGCUGCUGCUGCUUCUGCUACUUCUGCUCCUGCCCAGGCUCAGCAAAGCCAACCAGCACAAGCCUCUCCAACAAGUGGAAGACAAUCUGGAAGUAGUGAACGUAAACGAAAGGAACCUCGAGAAAAAGAUAAAGAAAAAGAAAAGGAAAAAAAUAGCUGUGUUAUUUUGUAA